UUUACUGAUUUCUCGAUUUUGUUUUACACCCCUAAACUUGUUUGAUGGAAUAGCUGCCCUGCCUGCAGAUAACACCCUGAUAUUUUUUCCACCUGACUUCUCUCAAACUACCACCAUUGGCACCUAAAUUGCAAGCUCCUUAUCAUUAUCACCUGCAACCAAUGGCACUUCUGAACUAUAUCUCAGUGACCUCCACAACCACACCCAUCUCUCAGGACCCUCCAACCCCAGCUGUGCCUGACCAAAGACAGACCAAGAUCCUCCUGCCCAAGAAGAAGCCCCUCAAAUGGUCCACUGGGGUGGCUCCGGGCGACUACGGUGGCCCACCGACCACUUCAAAGCUUAGAAAAUAUUGGGGAGGUGAAAAGGACCCCUUGAGCUCUGAUGAUUUUAUGUGGAACAAAGACUUCAUGGGUCGGUUUCAAAAAUUGAUUCAGAACCCUGACGCGUCCAUUGAAGACACUCCAAUCAAGGAAAAGCCAUCAGGGUUUCUAAGCUUAAAUAGAGUCAUGAGCCUUGAGAGUUUGGAAGUUGAUUUGAGCAAAGAACUCACAGCUCCCUCAAGGCCUAGGUUUGAAGAGAGAGUUGAUGCUACAGCUCAAAGUGAUGGCAGCAAGUCAACCAAAUGGAAACCGGCACCAACCCGGCGUGAACAAGAGAAAUGGGAUAGGGCCACCAAGGCUGCAACUGGAGGCAGUGAAGUGAUGUUUCGGGAAUUAAGACGGCCUCGCGGAGACCCGGAAGUUUUGGCGGCUCAGUCAAGAGAGCUGUAUUUUAAGUUAAAGAACAGGUUACAAGUUCUCACUCUGGGUAUAGGUGGUGUUGGUUUAGUCUCCGCUUAUGUUUCGUAUUCCCCUGAAAUUGCAGCUAGCUUUGGAGCUGGGUUUAUUGGUUCUUUGGUCUAUAUCCGUAUGCUGGGGAGCAGUGUGGACUCAAUGGCAGAUGGAGCAAAGGGGGUUAUCAAGGGAGCAAUUGCGCAGCCAAGGCUUUUGGUUCCUGUUGUAUUGGUCAUGAUCUAUAACCGGUGGAAUGGGAUCCUCGUUCCAGAAUAUGGGUAUAUGCACUUGGAAUUGAUACCAAUGUUGGUGGGAUUCUUCACUUACAAGAUUGCAACUUUCGUUCAAGCUGUAGAGGAAUCACUUCCUGUUGUUGGGGAAAAAACCGAAGUUUAAGAUACAUCUCCUCAUACAUCCUUCUAUUUUUCUUGUAGUUCUUCUGAUACAACCAUUACCUUACCUAUCAUGCAUUAAUUGUCUAUAAUGUUUGUAACAAAAAGUAAAAAAUUCAAAAAUAUUCUUAUAA